AUGAAACGUCAUUAUUCCAAGACAGUGGAUGAGCAGCAGGAGAGGGAGAACUCUCCAAGUCCGCCGCCACCGCCACCCUACCAAUCGCCAUUAUCAUCGCCCGAGUCUUUGCAGACCCCGAACGGAUAUCCCAUCUUGUACGUGGAUGUGGUGAAGAAUAAGCCCAAGAAGGAGUCGCUACCGUCCCAUCCACCGCCCCCUCCACUUGUGCCGGAGUUCAGCAUCUUUCGCGAGGACUUUCCCGCUCUGCCAGGAGCCACCUCUGCGGCAUUACCAUCCACUCCGAGCUCUGGGAUACCCGAGGACUGGACCGCCAUGUUUAGCGAAAGCGAGCACGUCGAAUUGGUCAAAUAUCGAGAUGCGGUGAUGCUCAUUGAUCGGAAUGUCAGCACCAGCGGCAUCGAGGUGUUCCAUCAGCGAAACCAUGUUUCGGAGCAACCGCGGGAGCUGGAGUUCCUGCCCCAGUUGUACGGAUAUCUGAGCAAUCCGUCCAGUUUAAAUGUGAGCCUAAUAUUUAACAAGCAAUUCCUGCAAGAAGGCGUCAUGCAGAGGGCCGUAAAUGCGACCCACCAGAGGGCUACCCAAGUACCUAACAGAAUCCAUCCGCCACCUGGCUUCGAGAAUUCCAAACUCUUUGCACGCCUAACUACCAACAACACUGGUAUGCCACUGGGUGGCGUCAACUUCGAGCUGGGCUCACCCAUUUAUGAAAGGAUGUGGCAUGUGCAGCCGAAAGCUCCAGGCGCCGCUGUUGAGGGAUCCUUCGGGUUGUUGGGCCUGGCCAAGAAACUGGGAUCGAUCCAACAGAAUCCGCUUCUAUUCGGGAACAGUGUCUCGCACAAUGUGAAUGAUGCCGCGGAGUCGAUCUUUUCCGGUCCACUUCCAGGAGGCAGUUUGAGUCCACACGAGAUGAGCUACAAUUUGCCAUUGAAUUUCCUCAUUACUGCACAGUUAAACCUACAGGAGCCCAAAACCGAGGAAAUGCAGGAGGAGCUUCUUUUUUUAUUUUUCUACACAUACACUGGCGACAUGAUGCAGAUGCUCGCGGCGGCGGAACUGGCGGAACGUGGCUGGCGCUAUCACAAGUUUGAGCGCAUCUGGGUAAUACGGCAGACGGACAAUCCCAACUAUUUGUUUAUCGGAUUCCAGGAGUCAGGAGAGUACAAUUACUUCAACAUGUGGCAGUGGAAGAUCCUGCCUCGACACUUUCAACUGGAGCCCGGGCACAUGGAGCGCACUCUAUCCAAGAGAGAGCUGUACGAGCUGUACGGAUACCAUCCCCAGAUGUCGGAAAUAUAGAUGAAAAUAUCUUCGCGUUUUGAAGUUUGCUUUCAGCGCUGCCACAUCUUUGUUAUAAAAGCCCACAAUUUGUA